AUGACAACGGAAACAGAAGAAAAAACGGAUGUUUUAAAUAAUGUUAAUAAUCAAUUAAAAGAUUUAAUUGAAUUAAUUGAAAAAGAAAAAGAUUCUUCGUUUUCAAUGAAAUCUUUUGAUAAAUUAGAUAAAAAGAAAAAGAAAUCAAAAAAGAAAUGGUUUAUUAUUUGUUUUCUCAUACCAAUAUUUAUUUGUAUGUAUUUUAUUCUAUCGAAUGAAAUAUUAAACUAUGAUAUCUAUUUCGUAUUCUUAUCAUUUGUUCGAUUAAUACUGAUUAAAAUUCUUCCACUUUGGGAUUGGACGAAUAUUUAUACAAGGACAUGUUUCAUCGCUAAUCCAUUUUAUAAUAAUUCAUUGGACUUAUCUGAAUGCAAUAAAUGUGUUAAUACAACAGAAGUAGGUUCGCAAUCGAAUAUAAGCUUUUUUAAUUUUACAAAAACUAUUUAUCUUAAUCACUUACCUGUUAUUAUUGAUGAUGCAACAGAAAAUUGGCCAGCUAUUAAAGAAUUAACAAUUAAAAAUUUAUUUCAACGUUUUAUCGACGAUCCCGUGCUUUCGGAAAAUGAUCUCUGUUAUUUUGAAUCAAAUCUCCGCAACUACAAUCAACCGGGAGGUGCGGAUCAACUUUUUAAUGAUUAUAUCAAUGGUGAUCUUCGUGCGUUUAUUGUCCAUUGGAAUAAUUGUAAACGAGAAACAUUGAAAAUUGUUCGUUCGUAUUAUUCUAAACCAUAUUUUUUACCACCAUCACUUGGCCAAACAUUAAUGGGAAAUUGGUUUUUAAUAUCAUCAGGUUUUCAUAAAGGAACAAAUCGUUUACAUAAAGUUCCUUUGAAUCAUAAUUGGGUUUGGUUAGCACAAAUUCAAGGUUCGAGUUCAAUUGAGCUUCGACCAAAACAUCCAUGUGAUCGAGCAUGUUCGAUAUUAAAAUUUGUUACAUUGAAUAAGGGCGAUUUAAUUAUUUAUUCACAUUUGUACGAUGCUCUCUACAGUCCAUUGAAAAAAGAAACGGUUUUAUUAGCACAGGGCGUUGAUUAA